AUGGCGGCCGAUGAGAAGGUUCCUGAGCCGGACAAGGCACACACAGCUGGUGGUCGCUACGAUGAUCUCGAGGGACAACGCACAACGCCGGCCGCACCAUCAAGACUAGCCUCCCAAUAUGGCAUGUCCCCACAAGAUCAGCCAACGCAGCCACCGAGGCGCGUUUCUUCGAUGAGAUCACUCAGACACUUCCGCUCACAGAAUUCCAUGCGAUCAGCACCCUCACGAACUGCCACGGCCAAUGGCGACGCUCCUCCAAUGCCGCCGCCACCAAUGACUACAGGCUAUCCGAACAAUGAAGAAGCAGAUGUCGCAGAAGAGCUCGCUUGGGGACCACAGCAUCCCUGCUUCCCACACCUCAAUGCACACGUCCCGCUCUCAUCUCCUGAAUACUCGACUACCCGAAUAAUACGGAUAAAACGUGACUGGAUGGUCGUCGGCGAUCUGGCGCCUACAUUUUCCAAUAUCUACCCUGAGAUCCUCGAUCCUCUGAUGGGUGAGCAAGAAUUUCGCUACCUAGUUCGCCAUAUAAAUGCGUCCUUGAUCCAAGCAUUUGAUCCCUAUUCUGCGUGGAACUGGAUCGACGGACUCUUGGGCUUCGUGACUGGCUGGUUUUGGGAAGACUUCCGGCCAAAUGGCGUCAAAGGUCGCCUUAGAGAACUGGAAGCAUGGAUGGAGAGUUGGAACCGAGAACAUGGCAGCAGAGAGGGGAUCAAGUUGAUUCCUCUGCGGCGCACGGGCUAUAUGAAUCUCGAUAUUCAGAUACCCGAUCCGCAAAUUCGAGUCGUGGCCGAGGAUGAGCCCAGUCGGAGAGCGCCAUCUACACCGGACAAGUAA